AUGAUCCAAAUAUUAAAGAAAGAAGAUUAUGAAAGAAUUGUUUUUAGAAAUGGAUUAAAAUUGCCAGAAUUUUUGAAAUAAGAUUUGAUGAAAUUUUUUGAGCCUAAAAUUAGCUUUGAAACAAGAAGAUAUAAUUAUAAUAAAUAAAUAUGA